AGGGUAGUGGGUGGUGUGAUACCACAAGUAAAUUAUACCUAUUCUGAUUGUUAAAGCAAAGGCUAAAAAUUGUAUACUGAAAGAUGAUCAACGUGUCCAGGGAUACAUUUAGAAAAAUGAGGAAAAAGAUGUUUUCUUGUAGAAACUCUAUUCUACAAUUCUAUCUGAUGAAGGUACAGAGAAAAAGCCAGUGCCCAUGUAAUUUCAAAGGAUGUUUAGACACCGAUACACGAGCUUAAUUUAUCUUUCUUGAAAUUCUGCACAAAAUAUUUACUAAAUUUUACAGAAACAAGUUUUGUUUGGUUGGUUCUUUGUUUUUACUAUUAUCCUAGAGUUCUCACCAGGGCUUUCCCCAGGGGGUUUAAUAGUACUACUAUAUUGCUCAUCUGCACAUAAUGAGCUAGUGUGUGUGUGUGUGUGUGUGUGUGUGUGCGCUCACGCGCACUCACGCCUGUGUGUUAACUACCAUUAAGAAUUAGCCCACUUUGCUAGAAUAAAUGCCUAGAAAUUAGAACUAAAGGUAAUAAUUUCUAUAGGAGACAGAUUUGUUGUCAGAAGCUAUCAUAUACUAUUUAUAAGACCUUGUUUUUCUUCAUUAUAGUUGAUAUUACAGACAUCCUGCCCAAAUGAUUUCUUCAAAGCCCAGACUUGUCGUACCUUAUGGCCUCAAGACUCUGCUCGAGGGACUUAGCAGAGCCGUUCUCAAAACCAACCCACCAAACAUCACCCAGUUUGCAGCAGUAUAUUUUAAAGAACUCAUUGUGUUUAGAGAAGGGAAUACUUCUCUGGAUAUAAAAGAUCUCGUUAAACAAUUUCAUCUGAUUGAAGUAGAGAGAUGGUCAGAAGGAACGACACGAGAGAAGAAACCAGAAUGUGUAAAAGAACCGGUAGGAACAUCCAUAGUUUCCCACGAACCUACACGGAUGGAAAAAUCUACAGACACAGAGGAGGACAAUAUAGCUGGACCACUGUUCAUCAGCAAAACCACUCAGUUCCCAUCAGUUCAUGCUGAGCUGCUCCCAGAGACCGAGGAGACGUCCGAAGCCGCUCGAGGCUCCAGUUCAAAGCCAACUACCUCUAAGGCUAUGAGCCCACCGUCGUCACCGUCUCCAGCAGCUGGCUCCCCGGAGUUUGCUUAUGUCCCAGCUGACCCAGCUCAGUUUGCUGCUCAGACGUUAGGUAACGUUGCAUCUGUUCAUUCUGAUCAGUCUGACGUGUUAAUGGUGGAUGUGGCAACAAGUUUGCCUGUGCUUUCCAAGGAGGUGCUCAGCUCAGAGGCUGCCGAAGAUGCCGCGGCGGCCACUCCUGCUGUGUAUUCUGCAGAGGUGGUGGCCCUGCAGGUUCUGAGCCAAACAUCUAUCCGUGUAGAUUUGGGUUCUGAAUCUAAAGACGAUGACGCUGAGCCAUCAAUGGCUUCCUCAUUCCCCUUGCAGGAUGAACAAGACCCUCCUGCUUACGAUCAAGCUCCUGAGGUCCCUUUGCAGGCUGAUAUUGAGGUCACAUCAUUCGUUCAUAUAUCCUCUAUCUAUAACGAUGAGCCUGUGACUGAAGGGGUCACUUAUGUCGAGCAAAUACCAGAGCACAUAGUUAUCCCUUUCACUGAUGACGUUGCUACUCUUAAAGAAAAUGAUCAGUCAUCACCCUCUGGUCCCAUUCCUGUAGCACUCAUGAGGGGCUCAGGCAAAGCCGUAGGUUCUGGAAAACGUGCACAGUCGGAGGAGGACGCAGAAUAUUCCUCGGUGCAAAUGGAGGCAGAAGCAGUUCUGUACUCCAACACCUCCCUGCAAGGUCCGCCUGCACAACUCCAGGAUGCAGAGGGCUCUACCAAUGCAGUAGGCUCUGAAAAAUCUUUGCACCUUGAAAUGGAGUUUACUGCUCUAGUCCCUGGCAAUCCUGGGCAGGAGGAAUCCGGGGAAAACUCUGCCACCCAGGAGAUGGAGGCCACACUUGCGCUCUCUGGGGAAGCUGCCAAAGCAGGGAGCUUGGGUGCAUCUGUAAGGUCAUCUGGUGGUCCCCCCAUUCCUGUUCCAGAAGGUCUUACUGAGCCAGAAAUCGAACCAGAGUGGGAAGCAGCACCCGAACAAGGUUUGAUGGAGCCAGGUAAGAAAAUUAGAUGCUGACAAAAUUAAAGAUUACAUUUCAG